AUGAUUAAAGGUCAUCUUUAUCCAGAUAUGUCUCAGAUCAAUGAUGAUACAUUAUGUUGUCGUUUAAAAGUCUAUUUAUCAACCGUUGCUCUUAUUAGUUCAUUAUAUUCAACUACAAGUCAAGUUCUUUAUCAUUUCUUUCGAAUUAUUUAUUAUAAUCGACCUUUUUUCCAUGUUAAUAUUUAUUUUUAUAUAUUUAUUUUAUUAAUUCAACGUAUAUUAUGGUUAAUUAUUUUUAUUCUUGUAUUUGGUAUGCCUGCAUGUAGUACAACAAUUAUCUUUUAUUUAUUUGGUUAUAUCGGGUGGUGGGCAAAUCAUUUAACAUGGUCAACAUUUAUAUUAUCAUUUAUUGGUAUGAGUUUCGUACAAACAUAUUAUUCUUCUCAUCUUCGUUUAUUGAAAUCAAGGAGAUCAAAUCGAAUUAAUCCGACAGCAGCAAUAACACUCACUAACUUCAAGUAA